AGCGGGGUAAUGACUACAGAAAUGACAAGCCUGAGUGAGCAGCAUCCCCUCACACUGACUGAACCAGCGGAUGAGGCGGAGGGACGGCAAAGUUAAAAACGGCGAAAGCCGGGCACAGAGUCAACCACAGCAAGUGCUCUCUGAACAGGCUCUUCUUACAACUAAUACGUGUGUCUGCUUUGGAGAACCUGGGGCUGUGUGUAAUGUGGGAGUUAUAUGGACCACAGUACAGCAGCAGUGUGAAUGGAGAUGAUGGUGCACACUUGAGGUAAGCCUUCCCUACAUCCUGUCUUAAGAUGAGCCAGGGGCCAAAUCUAGUCCUCGAGUGGCUGUCACAGCUCCAUCUGGCCCAGUACGUGGAGUCAUUCAUUGACAAUGGCUACGACGAUCUGGAAGUUUGUAAACAGAUCGGAGAGCCAGACCUUGACGCCAUAGGUGUACGCAUUCAGUACCACAGACACAGACUGCUCACAGCGGUGCAGAGGCUAAAAGAGGAGGAUGAAAGAAAAGCACCGGGCUACUACUUCACCUUAGAGCCUCUGAAUGCCUCCACUUGCCGCCACACUUCACACUCAAACAGAGAGGAUGACUUCAGGACACUGGGCUCACACACACGGACCACAGGAAUACACCAGGCCUCCUGUCCUGGAAACCAUAACCUGAGAUUCACAGAUUGUAAUGACUUUGUGACCUAUCCCAAACUGAAGCUGAAGGUACUAAUAAGGGAUAAACUUGCUAAAGAUGGGAUUAACCUCGGAGAGGCACCUUACACCUAUAAGGAUGGCUCAGUGGGGAACCUUGAUGACCUGGCUCAGGAAUACUCUCAGUAUUACGGCACCUCCCUCAGUGACGUGUGUGAAAGGAUGGAGGAGCUGCGGAAACGCAAAGUAGUGCACGAUGCCGAGAUGGGAAAGAUUGACUCAGUGGCCACAUCAGUGCAGCUCCGCUCUCAGAUCCAGGAAUCCCUCGGACUCAGCAGUACCACAUCCACUCCAGAGACAGAAAGAAGGUUUCCUGUGCACAAAUCUAGCUCUGAUGAUGGAUCAUCAGGAGGAAAAUGGGAUGGAAAAAGAAAGAGCAAGUCUUUUUGGCAGAGUUUCCGAAAAUCACAGAAAGGAGUGAUGCGUCAGAUUUCAAAAGGUGACGAUGUUGGUUUUGUGGCCAGUGAAAUUACCAUGAGCGAUGAGGAGCGUAUCCAGCUGAUGAUGAUGGUGAAGGAGAAUAUGAUUUCUAUAGAGGAAGCCCUUGCACGGCUGAAGGAGUUUGAGAUACAAAACAGACAGACGUGCAGGUCUGAUCUCACAGAGUGGACCGAUCCCUCCAGCCCCAACACAAAUGAGUCGUUCAACUGCAACACAACUGAACAGGAAGAAUCUGCUACGUUCAGGAGACUUCAUAAACUGGUCAACUCGACCAGGAAGGUGAAGAAGAAGCUGAUCAGAAUUGACGAGUCCAAGAGGCCUGGAGCAGAGGAGAGCCUUAACACAGAUGGUCUUCCCUGUGGAGAUGCCAGCACCUCCCUGUACUCAGGUGUGCUGAAGAAGCAUGCAGUCUGUCCUGUGGACUCCUUGGCGUCAGCUCUGCAGGAGCAGCUCAUAUACGACAGGGACUCUGACAGCCUGACCACCUCCCCCUCCUCUAGCAGUCUGGACACCUGCAGCAGCCAGAAAAUCUUCCAGGCCUUCAGCAAGUCCAGCGAGAGCCCUGUUCUCCAGGAGACAAAUGUAACAGGGGAGGUGAGGGAGCCAGGGGAAGGCAGUGGCUCUUCAUUUUCUGAUACAGAGGGUUGUAACGAGGAGGAGGCCAAACUCGCUCGAUCAGUGACUGAUGGAGAGCUCCGUCACCGUAUCCUCAACCCACUCAGCCACCAUGGGAGAGCUUGUAGUUUUGGAGGAUUUGACUUGACCAGUCGCUCAGUACAUCCAAUCUCUGACAAUGAUGACACUAACAAAGAUGGAGAUGGAGGUGUGAGAGAUGCUGUCAAGUCUCCACCAACAUCACGUAUUUCCUUGGGCAAAAAGGUCAAGUCUGUGAGAGAAACGAUGAGAAAACACAUAUCCAAGAGAUACCACUGUUCUCUCUCUGAACAGUCAAGCCCAGACCGCAUAUCCAGCUGCCCUCACUCGCCUCAGAUAGAUUCUGACUCUUUGGAGAAACCCAAACUGAAGCCAGGAGGCUCAGUAGAAAGUCUGAGGAGUUCCCUCAGCGGACAAAGUUCCAUGAGUGGUCAGACAGUAGGCACCACUGACUCCUCCAACAGCAACAGAGAGAGUGUGAAGUCUGAGGACGGGGAAGAGGAUGAGCUGCCUUACCGCGGACCUUUCUGUGGGCGUGCUCUGGUUCACACUGACUUCACCCCCAGCCCCUAUGACACUGACUCCCUCAAACUGAAGAGCGGGGACGUCAUUGAUAUCAUCAGCAAGCCACCGAUGGGCACAUGGAUGGGGAUGCUCAACGGUAAAGUCGGCACCUUCAAGUUCAUUUAUGUGGAUGUCCUGAAUGAAGAGGAGGUGAAGCCCAAAAAGACGCGCAGGAGGAGGAGGGCCCGGCAACCCAAACCCACCUCUGUGGAGGAGCUCCUUGAUCGCAUCAACCUCAAAGAGCAUCUUCCCACCUUCCUGUUUAACGGCUACGAGGAUCUCGACACAUUCAAGUUGCUAGAGGAGGAGGACCUGGAUGAGCUGAACAUUAGAGAUCCCCAGCACAGAGCUGUGCUGCUCACGGCUGUGGAGCUGCUGCAAGAGUAUGAUGGAAGCAGCGACCCAGAGCGAGGCAGUCAGUCUGGAGGCUCCCAGGAGAAGCUGCUCCUGGAUAGGCGUGGCCUCAUGGGAGAUUCCCCACGAGACUCAGGCUGCUACGAGAGUAACGAGAACCUGGAGAACGGAAGGAACAAAAAGACUUCUUCAUCCAUGAGCAGGUCCUCCUCAGGUUUUGAGUCAAGCCACCUCUCAUCCCCAGAGUACCCUGCCCACCCUCCCUCCCUGCCCUCCUCCAGCCCUACUAAGACUAUACUCCACAGUAAACCAAGAAGCCUGCCCUGUACCUUACCAUCACCGAGGCCCCCUAAGAGCAGCUUAAGUCUGCUAAGCUCAGCAAAAGGUCAUCUUCGCAGUGGAGCCAUUGUUAAGAGCCAGAGCUGCAUGGAGCUAAGAAGAAACCCAGCGCCAGGGCAGCUGAGGCGCUGCCGCUCCCUGUCAGACUUCUACAAACAGCAGAGGAAGAAACUCAUCAACCUGAAAGACUGGAAUCUGACUCCCAGACCCAGGAAUGAGGAGGGCACGAAGCAAACCGUAAAUCUUCAGAAACAUUUUAAGGUCACGUUUCCAUCCUCCCAGUCUUCAACCACAGCACAUGAUGCCAUGUGUAGCACUUCAAAUGUAGCCACAGACAAUGUGUUUACACCUAAACAAGGAGAAACACGACAGAGAACACACCUCAAGCUGCUGAGCCACAGCACCAACAGAAAGCUCCAAUCAUCCCAGAAAUACACCUCCUCUGUCAAACUCACAGCGAGAGCCUUUAAUAACAGAAACUGCUGGCAUGUACACAAACCACAUCUCUGCAGAGGAUAAGAGGAGUCGCUCAGUCUCAGCCACUUCUGAGGCCCGUCGACUGAAAAUGCAAAGACAUAAGAAGACAUCUGUAAACUCAGUAAAUCUGGGUUCCCUGAGUGAGGAAAGACUCCAGGCACAGGACACAGAUCUCAAAAUGUAGCCACUUCCUGAAAAGUUGUUGGAAUCAAAAGUACAGUAAGCUGUCAUUUUAUAUUUGUCGAUUGCUAUAUAUAUGAUAUGUUUGAUAAUGACCAUGUUUUUUUUCUUUCUGGAAAUGUAAUGAUUUUCAAAAAUGCUGUAAAGAAGCUGAAACAUGCCUUAAAACUUCUGAAGUGAAAAGCGUACACGAAUGAUACAGUGUUAGAUCAUGUUAUAUACUCGUCUAUUUAUACACCAGUCACUAUUUCUUCAUUCAGCUGAAUCCAAACUGUACAAAAAUCUGCGUAAAUGAAGCAUUUGCUCUUUAGAUUUACUGUAGUUCAACAUUUUUAAACAGUUCUUUAAGAGUUUAUUAUAAUAUAUGGACUCUCCAUUACUCUCUU